AUGGCCGUUCUCUUAAGAAUCAAGGCUGUGCUCUUCCUCUUGUUCUUCCCAUCCUUUUGUUCUGGUCAGCCUGCACCUCCACUGCUGCGUUUCUCCAUCUUGCUGGAGCCUUCAAACAUGGUCUGCCUCCGCUGGGACCAUGACGAACAGGAGAUGAUGACAUUUGAGCUGCAGGUCCAUACAACUGGCUGGGUGGCAUUUGGAUUCAGCCCUCAUGGAGAGUUGCCUGGCUCUGACAUUGUGAUAGGAGGUGUCUUCCCAAAUGGCAGCAUCUACUUCUCUGAUUGUCAUGUGGUAGAUGAGGCAACCCUUGAGGAAGAUGAGAGCCAGGACUACCAACUGCUGUCAGUAAUGGAAAAUGAAACCUCCACCACCAUGCUGUUCAAACGCCACCUCCGGACGUGUGACGUGAAUGACCUGGAUAUCACAAUGGACACAGCACGUCUUGUUACUGCUUUUGGCACUGAUGACACAGUCCACUUCUUUAAAGGCCAAAGAUUUUCCAAAUCUCUUUUCCUGAUGAGGUACAGAGGCCCAUCUGACUCAACUGAUCCCAAAAUAUUCUUCACCUAUGACCUGAGGCUGGACAAUUUUGCUGUUCCAGUUGAAGAAACCAAGUAUGCCUGUACCUUUAUCCCACUGCCCAUGGUCAAGCAGAAACACCAUAUCUACAAGUUCGAACCUAUAAUAACACCCCACAACAUAACGUUGGUUCAUCAUAUUCUUGUUUAUGCCUGUGGCAACGCCAGCGUGUUACCCGGUGGCAUAGAUGAUUGCUACGGAGCCAAUCCGGAUUUUUCCCUGUGCUCUCAGGUGCUUGUGGGCUGGGCUGUUGGAGGACAGUCUUACCAAUUUCCAGAUGAAGCUGCAGUUUCCAUAGGGACACCUUGGGACCCUCAGUACAUCCGACUAGAAAUCCAUUACAGCAAUUUUGACUUGUUACCAGGCUUGAUCGACAGCUCAGGGAUACGAAUCUACUAUACACCUGAGCUACGGAAAUAUGACGUGGGGGUUCUGCAAACAGGCAUCUUCACUUUCCCUGUGCAUUUCAUUCCUCCUGGAGCAGAAUCCUACAGAUCUUACGGUCUUUGCAAUUCCAGUCAGUUUGAUGAAAUGAAUGGGAUGCUGGUUCCAGAUCUGCAUGUCUUUGCCUACUUGCUUCACACCCACCUGUCUGGCAGAGGAGUGAAAGCUGCUCAAUACCGGAAUGGUGAGCAGCUGAGGAUCAUCUGUGAGGACAAUAAGUAUGACUUCAGACUGCAAGAGAUUCGAGACAUGAAGGAAAUCCUCAUAAUCAAGCCAGGUGAUGAGAUCCUGGUUGAAUGCAACUUUCAGACAUUGGAUCGGUCAGGGAUUACUUUUGGUGGGCCAAGCACCAUGAAUGAGAUGUGUCUCACAUUCCUCUUCUACUACCCUCGUAACAACAUCUCCAGUUGUAUGGGCUACCCUGACAUUUUGUACAUUGCACACAUACUCAAGCAGGAGGCCUCAGAUACAGUGGAAGGAAUGAUGGCCAUGGACUUUGUUGACUGGGACAAUGAUACUGUCAAAAUUGCAGAGAAAGCAGCCAAGGAGGCAGAUCAAGUAGUCAUGAUUAAAACCAUUAAUGAGCUCCAGAGAAAUGAGAGUGGUCUAAUCAGAGACAUUAGCGUUCCAGAGCAGGCUGCCUGUCACAAUAUUUCUGGACACCUCUCACUGUCGGGUCUGAGAUCCACUGCAAAUGUUCGUUUGACUGCACUAUGCACUUCUGAGUCAUCAACCACCAAAGAAACUGCUUCACUUCCUCUUCUUUCUCUCACACAGCUAGUGUUUGCUUGGCUUACCUUGGCCUCUGAGUAUAAGAAGUGA